UGCAACGAAAAGUCACAUCUGACAAAAGCUGUAUCCCGUGUAGUCAAAACCGGUCAAAGGGGCGGUCCUGACAAUUCACAAAGUUCCCAUCUUGCCAUAAAUUGAUACAACUAUACACAUGCUUCUAGUCUCGUGUCCAAUUCCCAGACAGAGAACGUUAUCCAAAACCAUGGCCUGCUCAGAACUGGCACUGUUGAGUGUGUCCGACAAGUCUGGACUUCUGGACUUUGCCAAAAGGCUGGUGAACGUGGGACUGUCACUCGUCGCAUCAGGUGGCACCGCCAAAACCCUGCGCGAUGCAGGACUGGCUGUUCGGGAUGUGUCUGAGCUGACUGGCCAUCCAGAGAUGCUGGGUGGGAGGGUGAAGACCCUGCACCCUGCUGUGCACGGGGGCAUCCUGGCCCGGCACACUCCUUCGGACAAGGCUGACAUGGAGAAACUGGGCUACAGUCUGGUCAGGGUGGUGGUGUGUAACCUUUACCCGUUUGUGAAGACGAUCUCCAACACUAAUGUGACCGUGGAAGACGCAGUGGAACAGAUUGAUAUUGGUGGGGUUACCCUGCUCCGAGCAGCGGCCAAGAACCACGCCCGCGUAACCAUUGUGUGUGACCCUGCCGACUACAAGCUGGUCGCUGUGGAGAUGGAGGGUUCCGAGGGCAAAGACACCACCCUGGACACCCGCAAGACCCUGGCCCUGAAGGCCUUUACUCACACAGCUCAGUAUGAUGAGGCCAUCUCGGACUACUUCCGGGGCCAGUACAGCCGUGGGGUAUCCCAGCUGCCCCUGCGCUACGGCAUGAACCCCCACCAAGCCCCCGCCCAGCUCUACACCCUGCGCCCCACUCUGCCUCUGUCAGUGGUAAAUGGUUCUCCUGGGUUCAUUAACCUUUGUGAUGCCCUGAAUGCCUGGCAGCUAGUCCGAGAGCUGAAGAGUGCCCUGGGCAUGCCCGCUGCCACCUCCUUCAAACACGUCAGCCCUGCAGGGGCUGCGGUGGGUGUUCCUCUGAGUGAUGAGGAGGCCAAGGUGUGUAUGGUGAAUGACAUGCUGAAGGACCUGACCCCACUGGCCACAGCCUACGCCCGGGCUAGAGGGUCAGACAGGAUGUCCUCCUUCGGUGACUUCAUCGCUCUGUCUGACGUUUGUGAUGUCCCCACUGCCAAGAUCAUAUCCAGAGAGGUCUCUGAUGGCAUCAUUGCCCCGGGUUAUGAAGAGGAGGCCCUCAGGAUUCUGUCCAAGAAGAAGAAUGGAAACUACUGUGUUGUCCAGAUGGACCCAGCCUAUGAACCAGACGAGCCAGAGGUCAGAGUUCUCUUUGGCCUCCACCUCAAACAGAAGAGGAAUGGUGCUGUCAUUGACAAGGAGCUCUUCUGCAACGUCGUCUCCAAGGGCGCGCUGUCGGUGGAGGCUCUGCGUGACCUGAUCGUGGCCAGCAUUGCAGUGAAGUACACCCAGUCCAACUCUGUCUGCUACGCCAAGGAUGGACAGGUGAUUGGGAUCGGUGCGGGUCAGCAGUCUCGUAUCCACUGCACGCGGCUGGCAGGGGACAAGGCUGAUAACUGGUGGCUGAGGCACCACCCGCGGGUGUUGGGCAUGAGGUUCAGGAGUGGAGUGAAGCGGGCAGAGAUGGCCAAUGCCAUCGAUCAGUACGUCAGCGGCACCAUUGGAGAGGGUCCUGACCUGGCAGUAUGGAAGGCCAUGUAUGAGGAGGUCCCAGAGCCUCUGGAUGAGACUGAGAAGAACAGCUGGCUGAGCUCUCUGCAGGCUGUAGCGCUCAGCUCUGACGCCUUCUUCCCCUUCAGAGACAACGUGGACCGCGCCAAACGGAGUGGUGUGGAGUACAUUGCUGCCCCGGCCGGGUCCACAGCUGACGAGGUGGUGAUCAAUGCCUGUAAUGAGCAGGGCAUCACCCUGGUGCACACCAACCUGAGACUCUUCCACCACUGAAUACCUGGAGUGGCUGUCAUACAACACAACCUGACACGCCACACACCGUUAUGGCCCUGAGUAACUUAGAAGUAGCUAUGUGUGUCUACGUGUUGGAGGUCCAUUAACUGCUCUAGAAGAGUGAUCAACAAAGGUACUAACAGUGUUUUUUCUUUUUACACUGAUUCCUGUCCUACGGUUAUCAUGCACAAACAGCAUGAGUCAUGCUGAGGAUCAUUCGGAUUCCGUUACAUUCCAAUCAUAGUUGUAUCUCCGUUACUGUCUGGAAGGUCAAGUUUCACCAUGAAAUAAACUGUUUCUUGAGAAA